AUGCUCUAGUAUUUACAAUGACAGCGCGGUGGCGGCGAUUAAAUUUGCGAUUUGCGUAAAACCGUUCUCGGUUCGAUUUUCUUUAUUUUUCAUACAAUCAAUCAUUUCUUUGUUCGGAUCGAUAAUCUAUGCCGAAUAUUGUUGUUUAAUAUAUAUAGUAAUUUAAUACUGCUUCAUCAACACUUGCGUUUAGUUAUUGAAGAUGAUUGAAAAAGUGUUUGGUAUAAACGCUACGAGCGUAACCCUCAAUACCCGGUUUACAUUACUGGCGGAAACUCUACCUUCACCUGUCAUGAGGCCAAGAAAACGCCUGGUUUCACACCCGGUCCCUAAUAAUAGCUAUUACCUUAGAAGCCAGAAGUUACCCCAACAAAUAGCUUAUCACUUGCAGCAAAGUAGUCGGCAAAGAGUAAAGCAGCGACUUGGUCUUCGUAGAUAUAGGAGUGCAAGUAGCUUACCAGGUCUCCGUAGAGUAAAUAGCACAGGCAAUAUAAAUCAAGGAGUUAAAACUAGGCUUGCAUGGACUUAUGCUGAUAGUAAUCAAAGAUGGGUAUCACCAUUCAACAAUACUUCUAGAAUGUGGCGUAGUAGUGGAAUUAGGUUAAGAAAUCCACACAUAAGACUUGUUCGUGGAAGUGUAAGGGGUAGAGGUGGUCGACAACAGAUGGGUCGACUAAGAGUGAGUGCACCACCUCAACAAAUAAGGGCGCGAGGGGCUAGAGGAGGGAGGGCGAGAGGGCAGACACGGGGGAGAGGAAGGGGUAGAGGAAGAGGGGCCACAACUGCCAAGAAAGUACCAACUAAAGAAGAAUUGGACACACAACUGGAGCAUUACAUGGCAAAUUCCCAAUGGGCACUCGACAAACAACUAGAUGAUUAUAUGAAAGAUGCUAUGAACGAGGAGUGACAUAAAUAAAAUAAUAUUAUUAAAUUUUAAAGUCAAUGAAGGCAUUUUCCAAAACUAACUAUACGGGGAUUUAUAAAUAACAUAUUUUUAAUAGAUCUUUAUAACUUAAAGCAAAGAAUUAAUUUUCAUCUUCCACCUGUGGUGUAAUUGGGUUUAAAAUUAUUUCUUGCAAUUAUUUUAUUAAAUUAAAUCUAGGAAAUACAAAACAAUGGUGCUGACUCUCAUAUGUAGCAAAAUUAUCAAGUCACAGUAUGGAGAAACUCAUUUUUUGGCAUUUGGGGCCAAACCAUGGACAACAGUGUAUUAAAUUUAUUGUUUUUAUUUUGAUAAAUUCUUAACUCUUAAACACACAAACAUAAAAGUGUAGUACUGACAUGAUUUUUCUGCAAAAUUAUUUGUGUCCCAGAACAUUUUAUGGAUCUGAAAUCGGCUCAUUAGGGGUAUAUUUAAGAAUGAAAUCUACAUUAAUUCAACAUUGUUUGUGUAUUAAUAAACUUUAAAUUAACUUAAGUUACAGAAACACAUAAAAACGCUCGAGCCUACCUUGGCAUACCAAUCACUCCUGUUGAAACUUUUUUAUAGGAUUUAAUUAAUUAUGUAGAGAAAAUGGAUUUCAGUUUGGUCCAUCUUUAAAUUAGAAAUAGUUAAGAUUUUUCUAAUGGAGACUUGUCUAGAAUUUAUUUUAUUAGAAUUAGCACCAUUUCCAUUUUUCAUGCCUUAAAACUCUUUGGAUCAUUAAAACUGUAUAUAAGGCUGAAAGUAGCAAUGUAUUGAUUUAUGUCAUUAUUUUCCCCACACCAUACGUCCAUCUUAUAUUAUAAUAGUAUGAAAGCCUUUAAGAAAGUGAUAUGAACAGUCAAAAAUUAUUGCUAAGCUAUUUUAACCGAAUGAAUAUAUUAUUGCAAGAUAUUUUUAAGAGCUAAAAACACCGAAAUGUUGAGGACCUAGUACAGAUGUAAAAAGGUUUCUUGCGUUAGAAAAAAAAGUUGUUUUAACAAUCCUUGAUGUGGAACUGAAAUACAUUAUAAAUAUUUUA